AUGCUUCAGCCAGAGGAAGGCGAGAUACUUGCCUCCCAAAAAUUCACACAAACAACCAUGGAGUAUGAAAUAAUCAGGACAGUGGGCGAAGGCACGUUUGGGCAGGUACUCCUUGCAAAAAGAAACAGACGACGAUAUGCAUUGAAGAAAGUCAACAGGGUAGAGGACGGAAUACCAAUAACAACAAUAAGGGAAAUCCAGGCACUGAGGGAUAUGCGCCAUCCAAACAUCAUCAGGCUGAUUGAGCUCGUGGUGCACUCAGGAAAAAUAUACAUGGUGUUUCCAUAUGUGCAUUAUGACCUCAACAAGUUUAUCAGGAGCAAAAAGAUGGAUACUGCCGAUAUCAGGCAUGUGUUCCUGCAGAUAGCAAGAGGAAUAUGCUACAUGCACAGCAAAGGAAUAAUGCACAGAGACCUGAAAAGUGCAAACAUUCUGGUGGAUCAGAGCUUGAAUGUGAGCAUAGCGGACUUCGGAAUGGCAAGGCAUGCAACAAAUUCAGGAAUGUAUACGCCGGGAAUGGUGACUCUUUGGUACCGGGCACCUGAGAUUCUGCUGGGACUCCCAAACUACACAUAUGCAGUGGAUGUGUGGUCGAUGGGGUGUGUUCUGGUCGAGAUGUACCUAGGGAGUAUGCUUUUCCAGGGAAGCACCGAGAUUGCUCAGCUCGAGAUGAUCAUCCAUGCAUGCGGAUCAAUAAACGAAAAGACAUACCCAGGAAUCAAGGGCAUUGCAGGAAUCCACAGCUUCAAGCUGCCGCAAUCGCCGAGGCGAAUAGAAAGCAUAAUGGAAAAGCACGAUGCAUCAGCAGUAGAAAUAGUCAGCAGAAUGCUAUGCGUUGAUCCGUGCAAACGAAUAACGGCGGACGAAGUCCUUGGGAACAAAUACUUGAGCUCUGAGCACCUGAGAGAACGCUUCGAUGAUGAAAAAGAGCAGGAUGCCGAACAUAAACGAAGAGCCACAAAUAGAACAAAUAAAUAG